AGACGGACGACACUCGCUCCCUGCGUGCCACACAUAAGCAUCCGGUAUUCAAAGACUUCUAUUAUCACUUAUUGUAAAAUAAAGAAACACUGCUCUGAAAGUCUCAAUCGAAACAAUGUUACUAUUUACUUCAACCGCGAUACUCGCGGUUUUAUUCGUCUGUGACGCUGUUCCUACGCCGUCUAACAACAAAGAUGGAGGUCCUAUUGGUGAAUUGCCAGAAAAUUGGGACCAAACAAAAGAUGACACCCAAUCUCUGUUCCUGAAUAAAAGCGACAAGAACGAUUUGGAACCAUACCCGUUAGCUCUCAGCGAGGAAGGCAAUGCUGAAGGCUACGAGCAAGGUGUGGACCAGCGUUUUGAUUCUCCACAAUCAACAGGCGAACUCGACAAUCUCAUCAUGCGACCAGAAUUAUAUGGGGAACCCCCUGCAAUGGAGGGUUUAGCUCCUGGCUAUGAAUCUCGACGGCGCAAACGAGGUAGCGGUACAAAAGUGGGCGGAGCGGGAGCAGCCACUAAAGUAGCCACAAAAUCAGGUUCUGGAAAGAAAAACCUUAAGCCUGAAGAUCAUGAUGCUCUUUCUCCUAUCGACUCAAUUGCUCAAGAACAUGAUGCUCAUCGGCGAAAACGUGGUAGUGGAACUAAAGUGGGUGGUGCUGCUGCAUCUGCUAAGACAGCGACUAAAAAUUCUGGUGGCAACAAGAAAAACUUUAGGCCAAUAUCUGAGAGACGCAAGCGUGACUCUGGACUAAGUGCAGCUGACGUUCGGGCUCUUCUUAACUUAUGGGAAGCUCAAGAGAGAAGGAAACAAGAAUAUAAUAACCAAUGGGCGGCUGAUCGUUACUACGGACGCAUGAAUGAUGCUGAAGAUGAUCAGCCUGAAGUUGACGAAAACGGUGACAUCUGGUACAAUGAGCCCGUAGUUAUUGGACCACGUGAGCGAGACUUCCCUCAUCAUUCAUAUUUUUCAGAACAAAACCGUAUGGCUUUAGCACGAGGUUACCCUGAUAUGUACCAAGUAGACCCCUCUGAGCUCGCUCAAAGAUAUGAAGAAGCGCGUCGCAAGAGGCAAUACGCCAACAAGAUGAAGAGAUUUAUGGUUGCCCGAAAACGCUCAGACAACUUAAUGCACCAGAGCAAUUACCGACCUAGAGACGACCUAUACACAUUAGCUGAAUUGUUGCGUUCUGCGCCCAGAGUUCAAGAACAGGACAUUCCUGUGUACCGGCGGCUGAUAUUGUAAGCUGUCUUUAGGAAUACGACGUCCAAUCGAACUGUCCUGCUCCACUCAAGUUAUAAAAGACCUUGAAGAAGCUUCUUCAUAAAUUUAUAGGACCUUAUCUCUUGCGGACGUCUUUGAGGCCAAAAAUGGGGUAGAAUGAAAGAUUGUCGCGCAUUUAAUUCGCAGUGUGUAGCGGAUAAUACCUACCUACCAAAUUAGGAUUAUAGAAACUUUUAUAUUAUAAGUUCCGCUUAAGUUUUGUCAUGUUUGAAGAAUGGCCUAAAAGAAUUUAUCUAUCGAUGUGUAUUAAUUUAAUAAAAUAUGUCUGUCUGAUG